UGGUUUCAGAAAACAAUAUGGCUGCUCCCAGCUGGGACACAAGUCUUGGGAUUAGAGAGGCAAAGUCGGGUCUGGGCGGCGGCAGCGGCGAGAGAGGAGGCGCUUGAGGGAUCGUGAGGUUGGGCUUGGACGCUGCACAGCUGGAACGGCCUGGCCUUGCCGAGGGCACCAAUGGCGGGCAGCGUGGACGAGGAGGCGCUGCACCAGCUGUACCUGUGGGUGGACAACAUCCCUCUGUCCCGGCCCAAGCGAAAUCUCUCCCGGGACUUCAGUGACGGAGUCCUGGUCGCAGAGGUCAUCAAGUUUUACUUCCCCAAGAUGGUGGAAAUGCACAAUUAUGUCCCUGCCAACUCUCUCCAGCAGAAGCUCAGCAACUGGGGUCACCUGAACAGGAAGGUGCUGAACAAGCUGAACUUCUCGGUACCAGAGGACGUGAUGCGCAAGAUUGCCCAGUGUGCCCCGGGCGUGGUGGAGCUGGUGCUCAUUCCACUGAGGCAGCGCCUGGAGGAACGGCAGAGGCGCACGAAGCAGGGCAUGGGCUCCUUACAGGAGCUGGCCCCCCAGGAUGGCACUGACUACAUGGAUGUGGGUUUGUCCCAGAAGGCCCCAGGGGAAGGUGCCCCAGACCCCCAGGGAGGGGGGCAGCUCAGGCGGGGUCGGCUGCCAGCGCCCCGGCCUCCAGGGUAUACCCAGGCGCUGCAGGGCGACCCAAGCUUCGUCCUCCAGAUCGCUGAAAAGGAGCAAGAGCUGUUGGCCUCGCAGGAGACCGUGCAGGUCCUGCAGAUGAAGGUGAGGCGUUUGGAGCACCUGCUCCAGCUCAAGAACGUGCGCAUCGAAGACCUCUCCCGGCGGCUCCAGCAGGUGGAGCGUAAGCAGCGGAGAAUGGACCGCUUUCCAGAACCCAGAAGCCACAAGCAGAGACCUGGCGUGCCCCCCAAAGCAGUGCCUGACACCGGGGUCUCCACUUUGGCGCUCCCUGCCCUGGGCCUUGGGGGGUCGUCCACUGGCUCAAUCCACAACCCUAGAACUGGGUCCCCGCCCAGCUCUGAGGACAGCAGCGUCUCCAUCCAGGCUGGUGCUCGGCACCUUGGGCCGUGGGGGAAGCUGCCCCAGGCAGCUGAGGGACUCCCCUGCCCCUCCUGGGUGCUCACCUGGGACCCAGCUCAAGGUUGGGGAGUGCAGCAGCUGGAGAGGAUGGGGUGAGGAAUGGGCUCAGCUAGGAGUGGGGAAGCCAUUGCUAUGCCUAUACCAAUGGCCCUCCCCUCCAAUGGGUACUGUUGAGAAUGUUUGGGGGAUAUGGGACAGGGCUACCCCAUUAAAGGUGUUGUGCUCUCUCUUCUGUGCCUUCCUUCUGUCUCUGCCUGGAUUCCUGAGGGCAGUGAGUUCCUGCCCACCUUGGCUGCCUCCCACCCCUUGAGUGGAAGAACCUUGUAGGCCCAGAGUGGGUCUCACCUUGUGAGCAUGUGGGCCCUGGGUGGCCAUUGCUUGGUAGGUGGAUGAUAUCACAGGGGCCAGGUCUUGUGUACUAGGACAGAUUGACUUCUAACUCUGGCCUUAGACUGACCCCCAAACCCACCCUCACAGUGUCCUCCAACCCUGUCCAACCCCAACCCCAAACCCAGGCUUCAGAUUCUCCCCAAAUGUAGCCACACAAUCACCCCCAACUCUACCCAAGGACUGACCCCUAAAUCUGUCCUCUGUAUCACUCCCAUAGACUGAUCCCAAGUUCUGUGGACUGAGGCCAACCUUGACUCCCAACCCUGACCAAGAUGCCAUGGCCAUGGUGUGACCCUAACUCUGAUCAUUUACUGACUACCAGUAGCAUUGAAAAUUUGUAAAUCCUGAGACCUCAAAAUUCUACUUCUAGGCAUAUGCUCAGUAUAUACCCAGGGGAAACUUAAUCUCUUGUGUUCUGUGUUCUAUAACACAUGUACAGCAAUGUUCAUAGCAACAUUCUUUGUAAUAGCAAAAGAACUUGUAUUAUCUAUUACCAUGUAAGAAAUUACUACAAACUUAGUGGCUUUGAAUAGCAUACAUUUAUUAUCUCAAGAGUCCAGGCAUGGCUUAGCUGGGUUCUCUGCUUCACAGUUUCUCACGAGGCUGCAGUCAAAGUAUUGACCAAAGCAGUGGUCUCAUCUGAAGGCUUGACUGGGGAAGGACUCACUUCCAAGUUCACUUGGUUGUUGAUAGAAUUCAGCUCCUGUGGGCUGUUGGCCUGAGGGCUUCAGUUUCUUGAAGGUUGUUGGCUGGUGGCUGCCCUCAUUUCCUUGCUAUGUGGCCAUCUCCAGUAUGGUAGUUUACUUCAUCAAAGCCAGCAAGGGAGAGAGUUAACAAAGUCUGCUAGCAAGAUGGAAGUUACAGUCUUAUCUAAUGUAAUCAUAGAAAUGACAUCCAUCACAUUUGUUGCUAGAAGUAAGUCACUAGGUCCAGCCCACAUUCAAGGGGAGAGGUACACAUGGAUGUGAAUACCAGGAGGCAGGGAUCAUUUUAGAAGCUGUCAACCACAAAGAGGAAAAAGCAAUGAAAGGAUAAAAUCUAGCAUAGUGGUUACCUCUGAGGAAGCAGAGGCAGAGAUGCAAGAAGCACAUGAGUAAAUAUUAUUUGUAAUAUCUUAGUUCUUGGGGCAGGUGGUGGGUUUACAGGUGUUCAUAAGUGGACUGUUUAUGGACAAGUGUGGAGAGAGUGUCUUGAAACAAGGAUAUGUGUAGUCCAAUUCUGUUCACCUGAGUUCCUAAAAUAUUAAAUAAAAAUAAAGGUUGAUGACUACUCCUGA